UGAAAGCAGGGUUGGGUUGCAUCCCAAUAACCCCAUACAGAAAACAAAGGAAACUGCACACAUAUUGCAGUAUUGUUUUGUGACCUUUGGGAAAGUCAGAACUUACUGAGUGUCCCGAAUCAUCAAAGGAUUGUUAUUAGGCAAGGUAUCUGCUUGACACUGCAGUUCCAGCAAAUAAUGCUGUUGCUUUUAUUUUUUAAUGCAAAUAUGUCAGAGAAGAGAGAUGGAAAUAAUUCUGAAAAUGGCAAUUUAUUCCUCCCACAUAAAUGGUGCUUUUCUUCCGCAAUGGGCUGGAUAGUUAUCAGUACCAUGACUCCUUUAUUAAAUAUACCUUUAGGAAUCAUGACACACUUCUCAGAGGCUGCUCAGAGUUUAAUAAAAAACACUAAUAAUAAUACAGUGUUACAAUGGAAUGAAGAGAGGGGUCUGAGAUCAAGUCCCUAUCCUGGCUGUUGUGGGCAGGAGCUGUUUCUCUUUUAUUCUCUCUUAUUCUCUCUUCCCCUCAAGACAAUAUGGUUCCUCAGAAAUCCCCCCCCCAUUUUUUUUCAUCUUUUAAUUUUUGUCUUUUGUUAUCAUUGUUCUCUUUGUUUUAUGUACAUUUUAAAAUGAAAUAAUAAUAUAAAACAUUUACAAAAAAAGAAAGUUCCCCCCUUCAAUAUUUAUUUAUCUACAAUACCAGUUAUGUGCUGUCUUUCAAUAUCAAGCCCUCCCAAGGUGGUUUACAAAAGUUAACUAGCUUCAUAUACAUAGCAGGAACACGGGGCUUCCAGAUAAGAAUCAUCAGUCUACCUGCUCCCUGGACCCCUAUGUGAUAUUACUUUUACCCAUUCCUAUGAUCCACUUGCCCUGAGAAUUGAUAUUUCUUUCGGGCAGGAGUCCUAGACUGUGGCAUGUCUGUAAAAAUACAGUUAAAAAAUCACACCUGCCCAGCUUUAUCCAACUUGCCUCUGCAUACUGAUUGCUGGAAACCGCAGGAGGGGAGAAUGCUCUUGUGCUCAGGUCCUGUGUGCCAGGCAUCUGUUUGGCCACUGUGAGAACAGGAUGCCGCCAACAUGAUUUUCAUGGCAGUGCCUCAGAGGCAGACCAGUUCCAAUCUGCAUUUUGCUUGGGCAUGGACAAACCCUCAGACCAUUUGGUCCAUCUAGACAGUUAGUACUGUCUACACUGACCAGAGGCAGCUCUUCAGGGUUUCAGGCAAGCUUCUUCUCCCUUUGCUCUACCUGGAGAUGCCAAAGAUGAAACCCAGGACAUUCUGCAUGCAAAAUGUCCUGUCAUCUUGGCAUGAGACAUGAGCAAGGUUGGUCUGAGACAUUUUGGCCUCUGGGGUGAACCACAAAAUGGCACCUCCCCACCAGGGAAGAAAAGGUGAGUGAAGUUAUACCGCAAGAACAAGGUGGAAUUAAAGAUCUACAUCCAGAUCUGCUGCCCCUGUGGAUCCUGCCACUAGAGGCAAUUGCCUCACCGUGCCUCAUGGGUGGGCCAGCCCUGGACAUGGGUAGGGGGACUUGUGGCCCUACAGAUGUCAUUGGACCCCAGCUCCCAUUACUGUAUUCCCAGGCAGCAUGACCAGCGGUCAGGUAUAACGGCAGUCUCAAUCCAGCAAUAGUGAGAAUUCCGCCUUGGUGUAAGGCAGUAUUACGUUCAGCAAUGCAUUUUCUCUUUCUCUGUCACCCACCGCCCGCUCCCGGGGAAUCUUACUAGGUGGAGAGACAGGGCAAGUCCCCUUUAAGGCCGAGAGUGACGUCAGCCGGACUCCGUCCGCAGUUUGCUGGGGCUGAUGCUGCCACCGGCCGGGAAAUUCUCUGGCUGCUUAGACUGAGUCAGCAGCGCGCGCGCACGCACAGAGGCUGUUGUUGGUCAGCUGGGCGCAUCUGCUGUGGAUCGCUGCACUUGCUAGUACACAAGCCUCUUCAACCCAGGUUGCUAACUUGCGAAAUAAGGAAGCACACGGAUUUAAGGCAAGCCCAGGAGGCUGCAGGGGACUUUUCUGUGCGGGUUCAUUCGGAGUGAGGCGCUGCUGGUGUUGUUGCAGUUGCCUCUUCGCCUGAUUGGAAGUUGUUUCAGUCCGGUUCCUUCACCAAUGGCUCCUGCUGGCGCCAUCAGACACCUGAGCCUGGCGCUGGGCGCAGCGGUGGCCGCCCUGGGCUCCCUCCUUUUCAUCGCCUGGAAGAUCUACUUCCGAGACGUCAACGACAGCUGCAUCGGCUGGAGGGGGCGCUGGGAGCAGCAGCUGGAAGCGGAGCUGGGGCGCAACGCACCCGGAGGCGAGGAGGUAAGAUGGGUGGAGGCUGGGAGCGCCCUAUACUCAAGGCCAGUGCUACUCUGUCAGCCUCCCCCUAGGACAAUUGCAGCUCAGUUGCUAAAAGGAAGGAAUAUGUUUGAAUCCAUCCAGAUCAGUCCUUUGCCUUAGGGAGACUGGUCAGAUGUGGCAGAUGGGGUCGUGAUUCCAGGAAAGGUCCUAGAACAGAUAAUUCAACAGUCCUGUCCAUGAGCACUUGGAAAAGGAUGCCGUGAUUCCUAAGACCCCGCAUGAGUUUCUCAAAAACAGGUCAUGCCAGAAGAAUUUCAUUUCAUUUUUCAUAGAGGAUAGAGGUACAAGCUUGGUGGAUCAGGGGAAUGCUGCGGACAUAGUGCUUCAGACUUUUGACAAAGCCCCCCUCCCCCUAUUCUUGCAAGGAAGCUGGUAAAAUGUGGACUAGAUGGAGUAAUUGUUGGGUGGAUUUGUAGAUGGUUAGCUGACUCAACUCAAAGAGUACUCAUUAAUGGUUCUUUGUCAUCCUGGAAAAAAGUGAUAAAUGGGGGGCCAACUGCAGGGAUCUGUCCUGGGCCAAUGGUCUUUAUAAACAACUUGGAUGAAGGAUUUGAGGGAAUGCUCAUCAAAUUUGCAGUUGACAUCAAACUGGGAGAGGUAGCUAGUGCUUCAGAAGACAGAAUCAGGAUCAAGUAUAUUGUUUUUGGAUGCUUAAUCUAAGAACUUUUGCUCCAUAGGUUACAUAGGUUUGUGUAUAGUACACAAAAUAGCUUGAUCUUCAAUUUGGCUGGUAUCUUCCUUGUUUGGAUGCUUAAUCUAAGAACAUUUGUUGCAACUGCAUCUAACAGUGCAAGGCUAUCCAUCUCUUUCAUCUCUAAGUGACCUUCCCCGACAGCCUAACAAUAACAGCUUUACACACAACCCAAACAUGAAGUCUGGUUUUGCAGACUUGGCAAAUAGCCACAGGUGAGGCUGCCAGUCAUGAAAGGCCCUCCUGCAGCUAUGCUACUGCUGUGCCUCGAAGCCUUUCUUCUCUUUUCAGCCACCUUCCUGUGAGUAUCAGAUUUUGGUCCUUGGUUUGGAUGGGGCUGGAAAAAGCAGCAUUAUCCACUAUAUCUGCAGCACAGAAGCCAAGAUGCACAUAGCACCCACGCAGGGCUUCAACUCAGCACAACUGCAGGCCAAUGGGCUCCAGAUGGACCUCCUGGAGGGUAAGUCCUACCACAGCCUCCUGGAAGCAAGGCAGUCUGGGACAGUGGGAGAACUUUGGAAGUGGCCUUGUAUCAUUGCUGUGAGGGAAAUGUGCAAGGAAUUCUCUCUAAGUCAUUGCAUCACAAAUAUUUGGGGGGGGGAGGGUUUUCUAUGUGCCUAAAACAGAACUGAGUGUUCCAUGCACCUCUUUUCUUUGGCAGUGGAUGGGUGCCGAAAACAUGCCAUAUACUCAACAUGUAUGGUUUUUAUUUUUGGUCCUUUUUGUGUCUCAGUUGGUGGCAGCCAGAAUCUACGUUCGUACUGGAACCACUACCUCAGCAAAGCCCAUGUCCUAGUGUUUGUAGUGGACUCUGCAGAUGGCCUGCGCCUCCACACUGCCCGACAGGAGCUCCAUGGCCUGCUAGCAGAGGACCCCCAGUUGCCUCUGAUAGUUCUCGCUAACAAACAGGUGGGCCUCUUCUUUCACCUGGGACAAUCUACAGAAGCCUUUCUCAACCUAGGGCCCACAGAUGUUCUUUAACUACAACUCCCAUCAUCCCUGACCACUGGACAUUCUGGCUAGGACUGAUGGGAGUUGCAGUCCAACAACUUAUGGGGAUCCAAAGUUGAGAAAGACUGGGUCUAGACUAGAGCAAGGCAGAGGAACCUUUUACCAGAUGGAGCAGGACACCAUUCCUGAUAGGGAUGACUCCUCCUGCGGGAGACAAGCAGGAUCCUCAACUUGCAACACCAUCUCUAGAGGGGAGGAGUCAUUCCAUCUCUCCAGACCUGCCUGCGGCAAGGGAAAGUUGGGUCUUUGUGUCUCUCUGUGUGUGCUUGAGUGGAGUGAGGCCAGAGGCAAAACUGGCCAUGUUAACGGAUAUAUAGUAAGCAAUGCAGAAGUUAUCUUUUGUAUAGUAGGCCACACAAAGGUUAGCAGUGUUUACACACACAUCUCUCCAUCCUCCAGCCAGGCAAGCAAGAGGCGUUAUCACAGUCCAAUGAUAACAUUCUAGCAGGCAAAUGCACACAAGGAAGGUGCAGAGCAGGGCUGGUGAGAGAGGUGUCCUGGGGAAGAGUUCCAAGGGCCAGAUGGAGAUGCCCGGAGGGCCACAUUCAGCCUAGUUCCCCACCACUGAUCUGGAGAUGGAACCCUGGACAUGCAGAGAUGGAAGGGACCCCCAAGAGCCAUCUAGUCCAACCCCCUGCAAUGUAGAUCUUGUCUGUGCGCUUGACAUCUUCUGUAUAUCAUUUGCUUGUACUGACAUGACUAAGUAUAUUGGAUAGCUUAUGGUGUCGUUAUAAGCAUUUAAUGUCAAGUAUAACUGUCUCCUUCCCAGCUCUCCUUUUCACAUGGAUUCUUGUCUGAGAACGAGUGAAAGUAGAUUUAAAGGUGUGCUUAAAUACAGUUCUCUUAAGGACGGGUGGGGAAGCGGUGUCAUUUGUUCAACCUGUGAUCUAUAUCCACUCUAGGACAAGAGUGAUGCGCUGAGUGUGGCAGAAUUGCACGAGGAGCUGGCACUGAAUACCCUGAAACAUCAAAGGGAAUUCUUUCUCCUGCCCACAAGUGCUACUGAUGCUGGCCUGACCACCACAAACAGUGUUCUCCACCUGAAGAACCUGCUGCUCAAACUCCUGGCUCAGGUCUGAAGGUUCUUCAACAUCUCCAGGAUAUUCAAGCCACAUGGAGCCAACUCUUAGCUUCCUCUUAGCUUCUUGAGAUCUUAUCCUCAGAGAAAUAGGCUUUCCAGGUCCUCAAAAGAAUUUUUUAGGUGUUUACUAAACCCCCUUCUGGAAAGAAGCCUUACCGUCAAUAUAACCAUCGAGACCUUGGCUAAAACAGGGGCAAAAUAUACUGACCGUGGGGAUAAUAUAGUAGUCUUGGGGGUGGCUGCUGGCAUCUGCUGCUGAAAGUCCUAGGGAAUGGCACUGUCAAUACUUGCACUAAGAACUAUCACUUUGUCUUCAAGACUCGACACAGCAGGUCUAUAGGGAAAGUCUGCCCUGUGCAGGCUGGAAUACCUCAUCCCUCACUGCCCUUUUGAGAAGCUGGGGAUUGACUGUGCCCCUAUGAAAUACUAUUAAAUCCUCACUGCAAUUAGUGGGGAACAGGAUGUACCGUCUCAAACUGCCAUGAGGGCUAGUCUGAGAGUGGGUGUUAAAGGAGCAUCUCAGCGGAGCACGUGCAAGCAGCUAUUCUGUUGAGGUGUCCCUGAUGGCUGUUAGGGCUUUAAAUGCUACUUAUUAGUGCAAUAAAAUCUAUCAUACCUGAUAAGCAACUUGAUGGCUUAGCUGAUCUCUCUCCAACAUACUAGAUGCCCUUGAAUUACAGCCAUUUCCUUAGCCUAAGCAUGUUGGACCAAUUGUGCUUCUGAGGCACUAGCUCCUUGCUCCAAGUGUCCUUGCUCAACUUCCAAAGUCAAGUUAGCCCCCAGUGAAUUACUACCCUUAAUCUCUUUCUGAAGAAAGAAAGAGUUGUGAAUUUCAGUGAAAGGCUGCAGAAGGAACUGGGAAAUUUGAGGUACCUAAUAUGAAUUGCUGUGCCCAGGGCUAAUGAAGCUGCAAAUCACUUUCUCAGUUUGGUGCUAUGUUUGAUCUCAAGUCACCUGGCUCAGGACUCAUUCCUAUAUAAUCCAUAUUCCUCCUCAACUGGAAACUGUACAGUCAGAUAGUGGUGGCUGGGACAUGCCAAGGGCCGGCCUCAGAGUUUGGGCUGCCUGUGAUGUGGAAGAAGUUGGUCUCAGACAAAAUGCCAAUCUUACCUCUAGAGAAAGGAAAAGUUUUACAUGUUCAGCCAGGCAGUCCUGCACAGGGACCUUGUGUUUACAAGCAGAGUUAACCCAACCCUUGUGUGCUCUUUCUCAAACAGUACACAUGCCAACUUCCUGUUCCCUUUCUUCAUAGCCGGAAAACAGCAGUACUGCCUGAGCUUGGGCUACACUCCUUUUGCAAAACCUGAUCACCUCUCCUGUCCCAUCAAAGAUUAUGGGAAGCUUUGUUUGUGCCUGCGGCUUCUAGCCCUAAGUUCCUCUUGCCUGUAUGAAAUGGAUAAUUGGUGACCAACUGUUUACACUAUGCCCUCCCCACUGUAUCAAAUAAAGCUUGAGUUGUUUGUCUCAGCUGU